CCCACCCACACACACGCUCUAUAUCUUUUCUCAAAUCCCUGAAAACUGCCGCCGCGUGAAGCUUUCUGCAAGGCAAAAUAGUUUGGAGGGGAGCUGGAGAACGGGAAGAUUGCAUCUUGGUGGGGGAGCACCAAGAGCUGAUUUCAGCAGAAAGAAUAAGGACAGCAAGCCAGAGGACACAAUUAUGGAACCAGAGGAGCUAACAUAUCAGCUACUACGAGAAAUUACAGAUGAUUUCUUGGAGAAGCUGAAAGUUGGGGAAGGAGCAUUCGGAACAGUUUACAAGGGAGUGACUAAAAAUGGAGAUGAUGUUGCUGUGAAGAUACUUCGAGAUGGAAAUAAUGAUCUUGGCUACAGGCAGUUUCGAAAUGAGUUUUAUAACCUCAUGAAGGUUAAGCAUAACAAUAUUGUACAGAUUCUUGGUUAUUGCUACGAAAUAGAGCAAAUACGUAUGGAGUAUGGUGGAAAAAUAGUGUUUGCUGAGAAGACGCAUAGAGCCCUCUGCUUUGAGUAUUUACAAAAUGGGAGCCUUCAAAAUCAUCUUCAUGAUGAGUCUUGUGGACUUGACUGGAAUACACGGUACAAAAUAAUUAAGGGGAUGUGUGAAGGUUUAAAAUAUAUUCAUAAGGACCUGGAAGAACCUCUUUUACACUUAGACUUAAAACCUGACAACAUAUUGGUAGACAAGAACAUGGUGCCAAAGAUUGCAGACUUUGGUUUAUCCAGGAUCUUUGGUGAUGCACUAACAAGGACAACACAAAGUCCUUUAGGAACGCUUGGGUACCAGCCACCAGAAUACAUCGAGCGAGGUGAAAUCUCAGAAAAGUUUGACAUAUUCAGCUUGGGCGUCAUAAUAAUAAGGAUAGUAUCGGGACUAGAAGGUUACUCCAAAUAUCUAGACAUGCCUUCGGAUGAAUUUAUGGAUCAGGUCCAGAGAAACUGGAGGAAGAGAUGGCAGCGGAAAAAAAUGGCAGCAUGCAGUAGUGAUUUCUCACUUGAAGCAUGUUGCCGCCAAAUAGAGAGAUGCACUCAGAUAGCAUUUAACUGCUUGGAGAAAGAUAGCCAAAAAAGGCCUGAUAUUCUCAAGAUCAUUGAUAAGUUAAAUGAGACAGAAACUGAUAUUAAUGAGAUUCCCCAGAAAAGACGUGAAACUGAUUGCGUGAUGACAAUGCAUAGUGCGAUGAAGAUGACAGAGGAACAUAAGGUUAUAACAAGACCCAGGAGCAAUGAGGUAGAACAUGACAAUACAGAAGAAACAUCAUUAGAUGUUGGAAAAGAACUAAUUGUAGGCAGAGAUAUGAAAAAGAAAAUGACGGUUUCUUUACUUGAGAGCAUGUCUGAGAAGAUCAUCAUCCUUCCGAUCUAUGGUAUUGGUGGAAUUGGCAAGACAACCUUUGCGCAACUAAUUUACAAUGAUACAAAUUUCAUAUAUUACUCUCAGGUCUGGGUCUAUGUGUCUCCGAGAUUUGACUUAGAUAAAAUUGGUAAAUCUAUAGUUUCGCAGCUAUCAGAUAAAAUUGGUAAAUCUAUAGUUUCGCAGCUAUCAGCUGGAAAGGUGAACCAAGUUGAUGAAAUACAUCUAAUAAGUAGUUGCCUUUCGAAACUACUUUCUGGUAAGAAGAUUCUGAUUGUCCUAGAUGACCUUUGGGAGAAUAAUACAUUUCAACUAGAGGAUUUGAAGGCUAUGCUAAAUCUUGGUGACACCAUCAGAACAAUUGUUUUGGUAACUACACGCAGUGCACAUGUUGCGCAGAAAAUUUGCUGUAACAUUGAACCGUAUCAAAUAGAAUCCUUGACAGAUGAAAUGUGCUGGGAUAUAAUUAAACAAAAAUGUGGCUUUGAAGCUAGACAUGACAAAGAAAAGUUGGUGGGUAUAGGAAAACAGAUUGCUAGGAAGUGUGGAGGUAUGGCCUUAGCGGCUCAAACUCUUGGAUCCAUGCUGCAGCCAAUGAAAUAUGAUCAAUGGAUGAAAGUGAAAGACAGUAAUAUCUGGAAUCAAACUAUUUCAAAGGAUCCCUCUUUGCCAAAUCAUGUUCUUGCAUCCUUGAAAUUAAGUUAUUUCAGUAUGGAUGACUGCUUGAAGUCAUGCUUUACAUAUUGCGCAAUCUUUCCCAAGGGUCACAAGAUAGCUAAAUGUGAUCUAAUUUACCAAUGGAUUUCUUUGGGUUUCAUCAAGCCAACAAAAAUGUUCUCCACUUUACAGCUCUGUGAGAAGUAUAUUGCGCACCUCCAGGGCCUGACUUUCCUUCAACAUUCAAUGUCACGAAUGAGUUAUGGAGCGUAUGGUCAACAUGACACCAUGUUCAUAAUGCACGAUCUGGUGCAUGACUUGGCAAUUUCAGUCCUCGGUGUUGAAAUUCUCGAUCAGAGCAAACAAGGCAACACUGGGGGGAGCAGCUGCCGAUAUGCAUUGCUUACUGACUGUAGCAAGCCACUAGAGUCAUGUACGACUUCUCCUGCCAGGCUGUGGGCACUGCGUUUUCUGGACUGUCGGUGGACCAUGGUACACGGUGCUGCAUUUGAACCUGCUGAGUCCCUGCGAGUGUUGGAUUUAAGCGAGUGCUUCAUAUACAAAUUGCCAGAUUCCAUUGGGCGACUGAAGCAGUUGAGGUAUCUUAAUGCUCCAAGGAUCCGGGGUCAAAUGGUUCCAGAAUGCAUCACGAAGCUCUCAAAUUUGAGGUAUCUCAGUCUUCGCAGAUCUUUUGCCAUCGCACUACCAGAGUCGGUUGGAGAAAUGGAAGGUCUGGUGCAUCUUGAUUUAUCAGGUUGCAUGGGAAUAGAAAAACUGCCAGAAUCAUUUGGUGAUCUUAAAAGUUUGGAGCAUAUGGAUUUUAAAAAUUGCAAAAAUGUCACAGGAGUGUCACAGUGCCUGGCUAGACUUACAAAACUGCAACAUCUGAACUUAUCAAACUGUAAAAAUAUUGGAUACCUACCAAGAGAAUUGGGCAGCCUCACAGAAUUGCAAUACUUGGACUUAUCCGAUAGCUCAUAUCUUUCUGGAAAUAAACUUGCUAAUGCAGAGUUUUUGGGCUCCCUCACCAAACUCAAAUAUCUAAACCUGUAUUCAAGUAAUCCGCUGCAUUACAUCAGGUUGCCUCAAGCUUUGGGUAGCCUCACUGAACUCAAGUAUUUGAACUUCUCACGUUAUUUUACCAUGGGAAAAUUGCCAGCAUCGUUUGGGAAUCUUUGUAACCUGGUGCAUCUUGACUUGUCAUGGUGUUCUUUUCUUCGAGACGUGCCAGCAGCUUUGAAUGGGCUUAUCAAGCUCCAAUAUUUGGAUUUAUACGCGUGCUCCGGUUUUAAUUUCAUGGAAGGGCUACAAGAAGUUCUUGGCAAUCUCAGUGAACUUCAACAUUUAAAUCUAGGAUGCUGCAUCGCAAUGAUACCAUCUUUGCAUCCAGAUAAAAUGAAUGGUCUCCUGGGGCAGAUCUGUACUCUUACCAAUCUGGAAUAUCUGAAUCUUUCUGAGAAUGAUAACAUUUACAGCAUACCUGAAACUCUUGCAAGCCUCAGGAAGUUACAUACACUAGACCUUUCAUGGUGCGCCAACCUACAGAGGCUGCCGGCAAGUAUAUUUGAAAUUGACAGCUUGAAGUUUUUACAUACCAUGGAAUGCUGGAAGUUGGAUAGAUCCACGCCACCACCUCAAUACAAUACUGGUGGUGAUGAAUCUAGCCACUAUCCUUUUAUGUUGCAUUAUGGAAUGCCUGCUCGGCUGACGAUAACUCGGCUUGAAAAUGUGAAGUCAGUAAAAGAGGCACAGGCAAUAGAUCUCAUGCGAAGAACAGAUAUUAGACUAUUAGCAUUAGAAUGGACUACAGAUGCAAGGAGAUUUGUGGACGACGAAGAAGUUCUGAGAGAACUAGAGCCACCAUACAGUGUUUCAGGAUUACGCCUAGAAGGCUAUAAUAGCGUCAGCUUUCCAUCCUGGGUGAUGCGUAUUGGUGCUUGUUUACCUGAUGUGACCAGUAUUGAGUUGUCGAACUUGCCCAGUUGCAAAAACCUGCCACCACUUGGCCAGUUACCAAACCUCGAGUGGCUGAUGAUCAGACGAAUGGACAGCAUUAAGAAGAUUGAUGCGGACCUGUACGGGGGAACAAGAGCAUUUCCGCGACUUGAGUGGUUUCUCAUAGAUGGUAUGAAAUGCUUGGAAGAGUGGAACACGGCCUACUCAAGUGACGAGGACAGUUUGAAUGAGCCCGUGUUUCCCAGGCCAAGACAUGUACAGAUAAGUCACUGCCCAAGGCUGAGGUUCAAACCACGCCCACCACCAAGUAUCCACGACUUGGGGGUAGGCAGUAGUGAUGAAGUAAUGUUGUCAGGGGGAAAUGCUGUUGUUAUGGGUCCCUCAAGGAGAUUUGUGGAUGACGAAGAAGUUCUGAGAGAACUAGAGCCACCAUACGGUGUUUCAGAAUUACGCCUACAAGGCUAUAAUAGUGUCAGCUUUCCAUCCUGGGUGAUGUUUAUUGGUGCUUGUUUAUCUGGUGUGUCCAGUAUUGAGUUGUCGAACUUACCCAGUUGCAACAGCCUGCCACCAUUUGGUCAGUUACCAAACCUCGAGUGGCUGAUGAUCAGACAAAUGGACAACAUUAAGAAGAUUGAUGCGGACCUGUACGGGGGAACAAGAGCAUUUCCGCGACUUGAGUGGUUUCUCAUAGAUGGUAUGAAAUGCUUGGAAGAGUGGAACACGGCCUACUCAAGUGACGAGGACAGUUUGAAUGAGCCCGUGUUUCCCAGGCUAAGACAUGUAGAGAUAAGUCACUGCCCAAGGCUGAGGUUCAAACCACGCCCACCACCAAGUGUCCACGACUUGGGGGUAACCAGUAGUGAUGAAGUAAUGUUGUCAGGGGGAAACGCUGUUGUCAUGGGUGCCUCCACAGACACACAACUUUAUGUGGAAUGCUGUGUGGUGCCUCUGCAUUGGUGGAGCUUGCUUCGCCACCUCCCUUUUCUUCAACAUUUGACGAUUACCAACUGCAGCGACCUCACAUGGAGCUCACCGGAUUUCCUUCGAGGUCUCGCCUCCGUGCGCACUCUAGCUGUGGAAGGUUGUAAAACCAUCGUGACACUGCCUGAUUGGUUGGGAGACCUUACCUCCCUCAGAAAACUUUGUGAUACGUUUCUGCACGGUCAUCAAGACUCUUCCAGACACCAUACAGAAACUCCCUCACCUGCAGCACCUCGAGAUUUGUGGAUGCGAUGAACUAGUUUGGUGGUGUAAAGCAGAGGAGACCAAGAUGAAGCUCGCUCACAUCGAAAUGAGGUAUAUAUGUGCCCUCACAAUUAUCGUGUUCUUUCAUUGCAUCGACUAAUCUUUUUGUCAUCUUAGCAUGGGAUCUAUUCUAUUGUGCGUAUCAUAUACAAAAUUUUUAUCUUGCUUGAGUGUGUAUGAUUGAAUACUUAUUAUCUUCCUUUCCCUUUUGAAAAAAAAAUGUCGCACUUGGAUUUUUACAACAAAUGAAUGGUAGAGUGAUCUACAA